AGCUUUUCUAGAGCAGCAGACAGACGCCUCUGCACGUCGUUCGAUAGUCUCUGUGCGAGUAGUGCGAGUUGUGGUGGUGCUUCGGUCGCUCCGCGAGUAUAUUCUAUUUUCUAUCAUCAUUCCCUUUGUUUUCUUUGCCUUUUCCACUCUCUAAGAAGACUCCACUCAUCUGAUUUGUUUGUUUGUUUGUUUUUGAUUUGCACUCUCUUCUCCCUCUUUUGCUUUUGGCGGAGUUGAGAAGAAAAAUGGAGCCGCACAAAUUGCUCGCGCUGCUCUCGCGCACCCGCAAGCCCAUCUUUGCCGCCACAGAGGACGUCACACGCACAACGGCAUCGUUGUUGGCGCUGGCCCCGUACCUCGACGCGCGCGAGAUCCGCGAGACCCUUCCGCCUCUGCGCAAAUUUGCCCGCCACAAUCCCGCCCUCCUGCACGCGGCAUUGAAAGAAACGGAGGUGGUGCCGACGGUGGCGCUGCACGGCAGGCGUCUCGCCAUGCUCGCGCGGGUGGUGCCAACGACCAAGACGGACGCGUCCGCCGAGCUGUGGGCCGUCAUCACCUCCACCACAGUCAGUGCCCUUGCGGCUCAGGCAUGGUCGCCGGCAGAUUUCAACGUCAUCGUCGCACAUCUUCGCCGGCAAAGAAGCUACGACGCCGCCCUGGUGGACGCGGUGGUGUCGUACGUUGCCGCUGUCCUCCCAGACGCGUCGCCCACCGAUCUGCCCGCGCUGAUCUCGAUUGUGGCAUCUCUGCCGGAAGUGACCACGCACCCUGCGAAGCUGCUCGACGCUGCGGCGGAGCGCUGUGCCGCCGUCGCCGAGGUCUUAACUCCUGGUGCGAUUGGGCACAUAUGCGGCCAGUUUAACCGCACCCUGUGUGUCAACGCGAACGCGGUCGUCGUCUUUCAGGAGGAGGCCGAUCGCUGUGCUGAGAAGGGCGACGCCUUCACAGCUGUGCAGCUCUUCUGCUUUGUGGCGCGACACAAGGCGGAGCACAUCAGUACGGACGCCCUCAUUUGGCUGAUGGAGCGGCUGGCGAGUGAGGAGCUGGACGUGGCGUCGGUGGAGUCGCUCUGCGCUGCUGUGGCGCACCUGCCCCACGCGGCGCGCGUCGCCCUGCGUCAGGAACUGACCGACUUUGUUAGCCACGUCUCAUCGCAGACGAAGGAGUUGUUGUCGCAGGUGCCCGUGGAGCAGGGCGGGCUGCGUGGUUCGACUGACACGGAAGCUGUGCAGGUCUUUGUGUCCCACUUUCUAGAGCUGUCGACCGCGUUGAACGACACGGAAUUUCAGUGGCCGACGGAGUUUCGCGAGGCGGCCGACGCGUGUGCGGACGCUGUGGAGCCGCUGCAGGAGAGUCUUCUGUCCGCGGAGAGCUCGCCCUUCGGGUUGAUGAUGCGCCUGUUGGAAGGCCCGACAAACAAGUGCAAGCAGCUCGGCUCAGCCAUGCUGCGCGAGGCGUCGAGCCAGUGCAUGUCAUUCCCCGCCCUUCAAGUAUUUCGCUUCCUCCUCGUCAUGGGUGACCAAAAGAUUCACGACCCCGCCACGAUGCGCUACCUGCGUGAUCAAUUUGCGAAGACAGCCGCGGACAUCCCGCCAGUGCAGCUGAGCACUGCGCUUCGCUGUUUGAACGUGGUGACAGAGAGAGAGGGGGGAGGGAAGGCAAAGGCAGACGACAGCAGCAGCGUGGCGUCGUCGAGCGCUCCUGCAGCGGGCACAUCCGCACCGUCUGCCACCGCGAAUGGCGUUGUUGCAGGGGAGUCAGAGGAGGAAGAUGAUUACGAGGAGGAGCGCCUUGCAGAGUUCCUUCGGUUUUGUGUUGAGAAGGCGCGCAAGCAUCUGUCAGAGGGCGCCCCUCUGCGAUGCGUGAUGUCCACCGUGGAAAACCUGUACCACCUUGGCUGCCGUGACGCCGGCUACUUCGACGACGUCGCCGCCUACAUCGAAGUGAAGAGAGACGCCGUGACGGCGGAAGCGGAGAGCGCGGACGCGGCCGCUGUUGUCUGCCUCGCCUUCGGCGCUGCCUUGCUGGAGCAAUUUCCCGAGGUUCACGAGUUCCUGCUAGACGUGGUGGGGCGUGGCGUGAAGGGCGAGGCGGCCCUGUCGCCGACGCAGUGGAUGAAGCUGCACGACCCCUCUUCCACCCUCUCCCCUCUCACGCCGCAGCAGCAGGAGAGCUGGGACAUCGUGGAGGAGAUGGUGCGCACCCGCGCCGACGACACCGCGGCGCUGAGGAAGCUUGCGGAGCGGUACCUGGAGCUGCUGCCCCAAACGCGGCCCGACGACCACAAGUACUUCUUUGGCGUCUUUGAAGAGAAGGUGCUGAAGGAAGACAAGCUGCUCAAGCAAUGCCUCGACGCCAUUGUCGACUCCGGUAAGCUGUGCCGCCUGUCCGCGCCGACCAUUGCGGGCAUGCUGCAGAGUCUCGCGUCCGUGCGCUUCACCUACUUCGCCUCGGUCAAGCGCUUCCUGUCGAGCAUCACGACCGAGCAGUGGAUGUCGAUGGAGGCGGCGCCGCUAGUACAGAUUCUCUGCGGCAUGGAGAAGCUGUCCUUGCGCACGCCAGCGGUGCUGCGCCAAAUCGGGGCUCGGCUGAGCGAGCUGUGCCGCUUUCUCACGCCGCUCGACACCGCCAUGGCGAUUCGCGCGUUCCAGUCGCUCGGACUCAACGAUCCGCCGCUGCUGACCAAGUUGGUGGCGCACGCGGCGGCCUCGGCGAAGCGCUUCGACGAGGCCAGCAUGACAGUGCUCUUCAGCACACCCUCCAUUCACCGACUCAUGGCGGCUCCGGCAAUCGCGCAGCCGCUGCUCCUGCAGGCAAGCGUCAAAAUUCACUCUCCGCACCGACGAGAGAAAAUAUCGAGCUGGGUACGCAAGUCAAGCUUGCCGCGCGACUUGAUCGAGAGCACCACCACGCGACUUCAGCUGCCGGGCAAGAAUGCCGCAAGGAAUCAGAAUGUCACGCUUCGUCUCACAUAA